ACUACCACCACCGCAUCUACACCCAUCACAACAAACGUCACUCAGACUACUGCGACAGUCAUAUUGUUCUCGUAACCCCCUCUUGACUGACAGCGUCUUUGUGUAAACAAGCGAUAAACAACCCGACGAAACUCGGACGAGUUCUUACAUUCCAUUUCUUGGAGACGGGAUAUCCGAACUUCACACCUUCGCCAUCCCCCUCGUAGCUAUCGCCGAGAACAACUCUCAACAUGGCUUAUCAAGCUGGCGGUGACCCCAACCAAGGCCACAACAUGCAGGAAUACCCCCCGUCGUCAUACGACCGACGGGACUACGAUUCCGACGACGAGAACGAGAAGGUCCCACUCAAUGCACCGGGGGCUGGUCCCUUCACUGGGCCCUUCGACGAGCAGAACCGUGGCGCUCCCCAGCAGGCCGGAUACUCCCUGACCGAGAGCUACGGGGCACCGCCGCCUGCCGGAACCGAUCCCACAGUACAGUUCGGUGUCCCCGGACGCGCACCGAGUCCGUACGCCCGUUCCGACGGUGCAUCUUCCACCGAGGCCUGGAGACAGAGACAGGCCCCAGCUUCGCUGCGGCGAUACGGAACACGAAAGAUCCGUCUGCAGCAGCAGGUCCUUUCCAUCGACUACCCGGUGCCCUCGGCCAUCCAGAAUGCCAUCCAGGCCAAGUACAGGCAAGCAGAUGUUGAAGGCGGAAGCGAAGAGUUCACACACAUGCGAUACACUGCUGCUACCUGUGAUCCCGACGAUUUCACCCUCAAGAAUGGAUACAAUCUGAGGCCAGCCAUGUACAACAGGCACACGGAGCUUCUGAUCGCCAUCACCUACUACAACGAAGACAAGAUGCUUACUGCACGUACGCUUCACGGUGUCAUGCAGAACAUCCGUGAUAUCGUCAAUCUGAAGAAGUCCGAGUUCUGGAACAAGGGCGGACCCGCUUGGCAGAAAAUCGUUGUUUGCUUGGUCUUUGACGGUAUCGAUCCCUGUGACAAGAACACGCUGGACGUCCUCGCAACCAUCGGUAUCUUCCAGGACGGUAUCAUGAAGAAGGACGUCGACGGAAAAGAGACCACCGCCCACAUUUUCGAAUACACUACUCAGUUGUCGGUGACGGCAAACCAGCAGCUCAUUCGACCGCGUGACGAUGAUCCCGCCUGUCUGCCUCCCGUGCAGAUGAUGUUCUGUCUGAAGCAGAAGAACACCAAGAAGAUCAACUCUCACAGAUGGCUGUUCAACGCGUUCGGUCGUAUCUUGAACCCCGAGGUUUGCGUGCUUUUCGACGCCGGAACCAAGCCCGGAGCCAAGUCCGUUCUCGGUCUGUGGGAGGCUUUCUACAACGACAAGGACUGUGGUGGUGCUUGUGGUGAAAUCCACGCCAUGUUGGGUAAGGGCGGUAAGGCUUUGCUGAACCCGCUCGUCGCUACCCAGAACUUUGAGUACAAGAUCUCGAACAUUCUGGAUAAGCCUUUGGAGUCGUCUUUCGGUUACGUCUCUGUGUUGCCCGGAGCUUUCUCGGCCUACAGAUUCCGUGCCAUUAUGGGACGUCCAUUGGAGCAGUACUUCCACGGUGACCACACUAUGUCGGCCCGUCUGGGUAAGAAGGGUAUCGAGGGCAUGAACAUUUUCAAGAAGAACAUGUUCUUGGCUGAGGAUCGUAUCCUCUGUUUCGAGUUGGUGGCCAAGGCCGGCUCCAAGUGGCAUCUGACCUACGUCAAGACCUCCAAGGCCGAGACCGAUGUGCCUGAAGGAGCUUCGGAGUUUAUUUCGCAGCGUCGUCGUUGGUUGAACGGAUCCUUUGCUGCCAGUAUCUACUCCCUGAUGCAUUUCGGGCGUAUGUACUCCAGUAGUCACAACAUCAUCCGCAUGUUCUUCUUCCACGUCCAGCUCAUUUACAACAUCAUGUCCCUCAUCACCUCGUUCUUCGGUUUGGCAAACUUCUGGCUCACGACAUCGGUCAUCAUGGACUUGGUCGGAAACCCGGACCCGGACACUGGAAAGAAGCCCUUCCCCUUCGGCACGGGAACCCCGAUCGUCAACACCGUCCUCAAGUACCUCUACCUCGGAUUUUUGCUGCUCCAAUUCAUUCUGGCUCUGGGUAACAGGCCCAAGGGUUCCAAGCACACUUACGUCAUUACGAUGUGUGUGUACGCCAUCAUCCAGGUUUACGUUGUCGCUCUGUCCCUCUACCUGGUGUACAGUGCUCUCACGAAUCAGGCCGGUUGGGACGAAUUGAACUCUGGAACUGGCGCCGGCGAUUGGAUCAAGAACUUUUUUACGAGCAUUGUUGGUGUUAUCUUGAUCGCCUUGAUCUCGACUUUCGGUCUCUACUUCAUCGCCUCGUUCAUGUACCUGGACCCGUGGCACAUGUUCCACUCGUUCCUUCAGUACCUCCUGUUGGCUCCUUCCUACAUGAACGUCCUCAACGUCUACGCUUUCUGCAAUUGGCACGAUGUGUCUUGGGGUACCAAGGGAUCCGACAAGGUCGACGUCAUGCCUUCCGCGACUACUAAGGCCGACAGCGAUGGUGUUAAGGUUAUUGAGGAGGCCGACAAGCCGCAGGCCGAUAUCGAUCAGGCGUUCGAGGUUACCGUCAAGCGCGCUCUGACGCCUUUCGUGCCCGAGGUCGAGGACGACAGCAAGAGUUUGGACGAUUCGUACAAGUCUUUCCGUACUCGAUUGAUUACCGGGUGGAUCUUCCUCAACGCCGGUCUUACUGUCAUUGUUACUUCUGACAACUUUGACCGAUUCGGUUUCUCGGAGAAGAACAACGCUUCGGCCAGAACUGCCAACUACUUCGUGUUCCUGCUGUGGCUUACUGCUGGCUUGUCGUUCAUUCGUUUCUUGGGUUGCGCAUACUUCCUUGGAAAGACGUCGAUCAUGUGCUGUUUCACGAGGCGUUAAAUGGGGGGAG